UGUUUGAUCGCAGGUUGUGACACAGGAGAGACAGUGCCAAGCAAGACCAGAGCGGUGGAAGAGGCACCUAGGAGUCCAGACAGGCAUCAGCGUGCUUGCCUCCUUCCCCCAGCUGUGAGGAGAAGUGCCAUGACUAGUGUAACCAUGCUGUGGAGCACUGGCACUAGGAUGGUGCUGCUUAUCUGUACAGUGCUGCUGCUACUUACCUCCCGACAGGUCACAUCAAGUCCUGCACGGAGCUGGGCAUUGCUCAGUGCCACAACCAACCAGGACCCCUCGCCAGCAGCUGCUCCUGUAGCUGGCCUUGAAGGGGUGCACACAUCUCGCCGCCUGGCCAGGAUGACCCCCUUCUGGAGAACAGUGGGCACCAAACCCCUAGGAGCUUACUGCCGGUAUGGCCUGGAGUGCAGCACCAAGGCAUGCAGGGAUGGACGCUGUGUUCCCCUGCAGUACGAGAGCUGAAGCUUCAUCUCGGCUGGAGGCAGCAUUCUCCUCCUGCCCAAGAACGUGGGGGUGCAGCGCAUCCCCAGGCUCCUGAAAGCAUUUGGAAGCACCUGACUCUGGAGCAGGAUAGCUAAGCACAUUGCCCCACAAAUACCACCCUAACAAUGGACCUGGAAACAGACAAUUCAUGGCUGCAGGUUUCAGCCACAGGGGGACACCAGUGAGCCACAGGCCCCUUCUCUGCAUGGUGGAGGGAGAAAUGCUCUGGUCCCAAGAGGGGUGUGGGCCCCAUCUUAUCCCCAGCCCAAGCUGCAAGGCAGUUCUCUGGAAGGGAGCUCUUUCCAGUCCUCCGCGAUAUCAGCACCAACUGUAGCCACUCACAGACUGUUGCUGUGCCUGGUAACUCCUGAGACUGGGGGCAGCAGAAGGGGAUGGGGACACACACUCUCUCUCUCUCUCUCUCUCUCUCUCCCUGAAAAGCCCAUUGAUCCUGACUUCACUCUAUGCAGGGAAUAUUUAGGUCGCUUCUAAAGAGCUACAAGUGUCAGCAAUUCCCAGUCCCCAGAGCUGAGACCCCCCUAACACAGAGCUGGCCUGUGGGACCUUCCACGUGUUCCAUGUGCACAGAGCCCCCAUCCAGAAGGAUCCUCCUGGUGCCCUCCUUCCAAGUCAAUAGUAGCAUUAUCAGUGUGGUGUCCCACUGGUGGGCUGCUGGGGUGGGGGGUAUCCUAAGAGAUUUCCCAGAGUUAGAGAGCCUUGGUAGUCCAUCACUGAUGGUUAGAUUCAUAGACAUCUAUGAUGUCUAUGACGCUCUAGGCAGCUGGACUGUGCCCAGUGCUGCUCUGCAGGUGCCCCAGAGUGAUGAUCUUCCUUCUGGAGACCCCUGGGGUCUGCAGUGUUAAUGGUGACUGCUACGGCCUGCACAGUGUGGAUGGAUGUCUAGCAGAAUGUAGUGCCUACACACCUUGCUCUCUCAGCUCACCACGGACUCAGCAAAACUUGAACCCCAGAACAGUGCCUCACUGACUGAUUGAGCCACAUAGUCCAGAAACAAACAAUAAAUGCAUCUACCCUCAAA